AUGGUAGCUCAUUCUGUAGAGCUCUCGCUCCGUGAUCGGAAGCUACAUGUAGAAAUUUGGGCCAUUCAGUAUGUACAGAUGCAUGGAAUACAAGCAUGUACGGAAUCGUUGGAUACAGUUCGGCUUGUUGACUCUUGUCCAACCGAUGAAAAGUCAUGGAAGGAUGCUGAAUUUUUAAAAGGAUGUGGAAAAGUUCAACAAGAUUGUGUAUCUUCGAAGCGCUUUCUCUAUCAUUGUAUUCUAAAUGACAUGAUGAAUGCAACGAUCGAAGUGUGCGCUCCCAUUCGGACGAUGUUUGGAUAUUGUCCGGUAUUUACAAUAAUUGGUGCAAGGAUUCUUCAUAAUUAUGCGCGUGAGUGCAAACAACUUUCAAAACCUUGCCCAGAGGAUUUUGAAUCAAACCAUCUUUAUAAAUAUCCAGAGUGUUUAGAUAUACCUAAAACACCUUCCUUGACCUCCACUCCUCAGACUUCUAGCUCUGAAAGUAUGCACAUUACAAGGAUCAGGUGGGAUAUGAAUGAUAUUUAUCAUUUCUUUUUCUUCACAUAA